AUGGGGACGCCGCCACAACGGAAGGACAUCCCGCCCUGGGUGAAGGUGCCCGAAGACCUGAGAGACCCCGAGGUGUUCCAGCUCCAGACGCGGCUGCUGGAAGCCAUCUUGGGUGAGUGAACCCUCGCCCCGCGCGGCCGCGGGCAUCGCUUACUUCGAGCAAAGUGAGCCAAAGUCAUGCUCGAGUUGAAGAUUCUGGAGUCCUCCGACCUCACCGAAGUGACGAUCUACGGCCCCUACUUGAACAGGUUCAGGACCAGGUGGAUGAUGCAGUCGCUCGCCGAGUGGCACCGCCAGCGACAGGAGAGAGGUGUGCUGAGACUGGAGGAAGCCAUGCAAACUCUCGGAUUAGAUCCCGGCCAGAAGUGA